AUGGCGGAUAUAAUCAGUUCUGCUGAAAGAGAGAAGUCCUUAUAUGUAAAACAAAUUCGACAGUUGGACGAGCAGCUAGAAAGCUGUCAGCUUAAAUAUGAUGAGCUGGAAAAAGAGAUGAAGAGCCUCAUGUCUCAGUUCAGCACUCUGGAGGUGGACAAGAAACAGGUCACUAUGUUCUUGAUACAAUGCAAGGCUGCAAAAGAUAGGGCGGAGAAGAUGAUGGCGGAGCUGCAGAUUCAGCAGAAGGUGGCUGAACAGGAUAUAGAGACCCUGAAAAUGCAGCACAGCCAGCUGGUGCAGGAGCUUCAGGAGCAGAUCAGUGAAUUAAUGUCACAAAGCAAGAUGCAGGCUUCAAAGUUCGAGGCAGAGAAGAAGCAGCUGAUGUCUGACAUGGAGUCUCAGGAGCAGCAGCAUCAACCUGCCAUUAACAGCCUGAAAGAGCAACAUGAAGCUGCCACCAACAGCAUGAAGGAGAAACAUGAAGCUGACUUCAACAGCCUGAAGAAAGAAGCAGAAUCUGAAAGAGAAAAUUUUAAGGAGGAGGCUCAGAAAAAGGCAGAUAUUUUCCUUCGGGAAAGGAUUUCCGAAAUUAAUACGAAGGAGAGGGCUCAGCACAGCAAGACAUUGGAGCAGCGGGAGCUCUUGCUGAAGGAGAACGCGGACCUGGAGAGGGAGAGGUUUGACCUGAGUGAGAUUUGCUCUGACGUGAUGACAGAUCUCAAAAAGGUUAAAAAGGAGAACCUGGGCCAUGAGAAUAAUGCAGAGCAGCUGAGGUUAGAGAACCUGCAUAUCAGGGCCAAGCUAAAGGACUGCCAUAACACCAAUGAGGUACAAGAGCAGGCGCUGGCUGAGCAAGAGGUGGAUAUGGCAAAGGAGAGGUAAAGGUUCCAUCUCUUUCUGCUGUCAGUAAACA